CGACGUCCUCGACGCGUCGCAUUUACGAUCUGACACGGUACAGAGGCCGGAAAAAUCGCGCCGACGAGGGAACGGCGCUCGAGGUAUUUGGGCGAUCUUUCGAACAGUAAGUGCGAAAAACCGAAAACUGAUUGCGGUUCGCGCGGGUUUUGGUCGCUUGGAGAUUCGCGUGGUACUGAUUAAUAGGUGUAAUUUAGUGUUAAUGCUUGUGGAUUUUCGCUAAACUUUUAGUAAAGCGUUGUUGUUAAGGGACAUUUGCGAUGUUGUAGAGGUUAAUAUAGAUUAAUGUUUUUUGAGUGUUCUAUACGCAGUGAGUGUUAGAAGUCAAAGUAUUUAUUGUUGAAUCGGACUCCAAUUAAUUAAGGACACUUCUGUAUAAUAGGAAGUUUAAAUCAACCGGUUUUUCUAUCACCCUUAACGAAGAGUUACAAAGAUUUCACCGUUCAUAUCCUGCCAUGUAGAUACCGCAAUGCCGGCUUCGGGUUUCCUGGUGCUCGUCCUGGUCCUGCUGGUGACCUGCGAGGCGGAACCGGCCACCGAGUUCGUGCAAGCGUCGGACGGCGGCAGCGCCUCGCUGCCGUGCAACCUGAGCCCCACUGGGGCGCCGGACAAGCUGAGCGUGGUGCUGUGGUACAGGGGCGGCGAGCAGAAUCCCAUAUACAAGUACGACGUGCGCGGCAAUCAGCCCGCUCGUUGGGCGGACGCGUCCUUGCAGAACCGCUACUUCCUGAGGAUAUUGGACGAUCACAGGGCCGUCAUGAACAUCAGUCCGACGAAGCUCAGCGACGAGCAGGUGUUCCAUUGCAAGGUCGAUUUCGCGAAGAGUUCGACGAGAAUCACUCAUGUUAAUCUUACUAUUAUAGUACCGCCUUCGGGUAUCCAAGUGAGCGAUGACUGGGGUCCGGUGAAAAAUGGAAUCACGACGGCGUACGCCGAAGGGGCCAGCUUAAUGUUAACGUGCGUCGCGACGUCAGGAAAACCACUAGCUAAGGUCUCCUGGUGGAGGGACAGAAACCUCGUCACCGAACAAACUGAGUAUUUUUCCGAUCGACGGAAAUCCCAGAACGUCCUAAAAAUCGACAAGCUCACACGUUCGCACCUUCUCGCUGUAUACAGUUGCGAGGCCAGUAAUAGCCGGCUUCAACCACCUUUAGUAGUUCGUACGGCCAUCGACAUGUACCUGAGACCUCUUGAAGUGCUUCUCAUCGCUCCAACGGGAAACAAGCCAGCUUUUAGUAGCGGGAAGCGGUAUAAUAUCACAUGCAGUUGUCGAGGAUCCAGGCCUCCUGCCAUUGUUACUUGGUGGAAGGACGGCGUCUCUUUAGAAGGAGGAAUUGUGACGGUAAGCGACAAUGGCAACACGACGAACAGCACGUUAUCGUUCACCCCAACUGCGGCAGACAACGGACUGAUUCUCACCUGCAAAGCGUCGAAUCAACGAAUUCCAUUUAGCGAACUCCAACGCACAUGGAUGCUGGAAGUCCUUUACCCCCCUAGAGUAUCCUUAAAUUUGGGACACGGGCUUAAUGGGAACAAUAUCAAAGAGGGUUCCGAUGUUUACUUUGAAUGUCACUUGGAAGCCAAUCCUAAGGUUCACAGAGUCUGGUGGCUCAGAGAUGGAGAAAAAUUGUUAACUAACAAUUCCGCUGGUGUUAUUGUUAGUAACCAAACAUUAAUUUUACAACGCGUAAAUAGACACACCUCGGGCCGGUACUGUUGCGAGGCUACCAACAAGGAAGGUACCACCAAGAGCCCAGUCUUUCAUCUCCGGGUCAAGUUCGAACCUGUUUGCGGAGACGUAGCCAGAAAAGUUUUGGGAGCUGCCAAAGACGAACCACUGACAGUGGAUUGCAAAGUCGACGCGGAACCGGCGGCGACGGUGUUCCGUUGGAGUUUCAACAGCACCCCGGGGGUUUUCAGGGAGCUGACGGACUUUAAGAACGAAGCGGGGGGCACCAGCGUACUGACUUACGUGCCGAAGGUGGCGGCGGAUUACGGCACUCUGCAGUGCUGGGGCCAGAACGACAUCGGAACGCAAAUGUCGCCUUGCAUUUUUCAUGUGACUCCUGCGAGUCGUCCUGAUCCGCCGCAUUCCUGCGUCGUGGGAAACGUCAGUCACCAUUCAGUGUCUGUAUCCUGCAAAAAAGGUUUUGAUGGAGGCCUAAGGCAAAAGUUUGUUCUUACUUUGCUCUCGGGUGAUGUAAUUAUCGCCAAUCUUUCCUCUCAAUUGGCUUCGGACUUCAACAUAUCAAACUUGGAAGCCACACACGAUUACUUAGCAACCAUAUAUGCAGUAAAUGCCAAAGGGCCUUCAAAACAGAGCGUCCCUUUAGCGAUUAGAACACUACCUGCUCCAAGUUUAAAGGAACAACGACGUUCAACAGGACCUACAGAUGGUGCCCUUAAAGCUUCCACUGGUCCUUUAAUGUAUAUAUUAUUAGCGGCUGGAUCGACUUUAAUAAUUGCAGCCGCUGUUGGUGUAAUAAUAUUUGCUGUUAGAAAAUUUAAGGUGGAUAGUCCGGUUCGGCACCCCCGCGUAAGGAGUCCGAAAAUCGAGGAAAGUCCUUUGACUGCCCACGUUCAGCCCCUCUAUACUGAUUCUGCAUCAGACGAGAACAAUCCGGAUUUAAUUCCCGAAGCUCCAAAUAGCGAAGCCCUGCUGACCACGUCGGUGACCCCGUAUACGAUAACGCCUCGCCCAUCGAGCAAACGCAACUGUGCCACGCAAAUGCCAAUCAAACCCUACCACGUCACCUGGGCCCCCAUCCUGCAGUCGCGUAAUUGCUCCACGCAAACGCCCCCGCCGCACAAGGAGAGUUCCGUCUAGUCCGCGGAUGCGCCCCCGGGAUCUCCUUGCGGUCCCAGGGGUAAGUCGCGCGGCUCCUUGAACCGGCGAGGCGCUCGCGAGCCCCCGUCAGGAUGCUGGGGCCCCGGGUGCGUUUUCGUCGUCGACGGCCCCUCUAGCCGGACAUGCGACCGGCCCUGUCUCCCCAAUCAAGAGUCUCGGCACCGGGACCAAUACCACCUGUGAUAUUUGUGAAUAUCUCUCAUAUUUUUAAGUAUUAUCAAAUGAACUCGACGUUUUAAGCUGUUAUUUAUUUCAUUGUCAAUAAAAUAUCAUUACAUGUGUAUUAA